AUGAGCGACGAGCAAAGCAAAGCAACCACGGUCGAAUCGUUACGAAAAGCACUUGCUGAUCUUGGCCUGGAUACCCGUGGACAUAAGCCAGAACUUAAGAAGCGACUAAGGAAAGCAAAAAAGAAACUCAAUGCAACAUCAGAGUCAAGCACCACAACCACAACCACAGCGUCAGAUCAGCCCAAUCCAGCCAUUACUAAAAAGCAACAGCCACUCGAUUACUACUUGUUCUUUGAUGUGGAAGCGACAUGCGAAGAGAAUGGCGGCUUUGAAUACCCAAACGAGAUCAUCGAGUUUCCUAUUGUACUUGUUGACGGCAAGAGCUUUGAAAAGGUCGACGAAUUCAGGUCGUAUGUCAAACCAUCCAUCAACCCAGUGCUAUCGGCAUUUUGUAAACAGCUUACAGGCAUUUCUCAGGAAACAGUGGAUGACAGCCCUGAUUUUAUCCAAGUAUUGAACGACUUUCAGGAAUUCAUGGCCAAGUACUCUGUUUUCCAAGAUAAAACGGCUGCAUUUGUAACAGAUGGCCCAUUUGACAUUCGAGACUUUGUCACCAAGCAAUGCAAGCACAGCAACAUCAAAUUACCUUCGUACUUUGAGAUGCCAUGGGUCAACAUCCGCAAGUUGUUCAAGGAUUUCUACAAGCAAAAGGAAGCCAAGAAUAUCGCUCGCAUGUUGGAGACGUUGGAUAUGACAUUUGAUGGACGUGAACAUUCCGGACUCGAUGACGCUCGCAAUUUGCAUCGGAUAGCACAACACAUGGUCGCUGACGGCUGCAUAUUCAAGACCAACAUGUUUUGGGGCCCCAAGAUGAGAGCUCAACAACGCAGGGCUCGAAAAUCGUAG